CUUGUCCGUUCCCAACACCUUUAGCGCCAGCUGGAACGAAGCCUCACUCUCUAUCGGUACCAACUCUAACAAGGAAUCAUACUACUAGACCAUCAAGCCUGUGCAUGUGAUCGAGAGAUGCCAUAUAAAGGAAGACUGUCUGCAGGAAUACCAAGAAUCAACAUCUCCUCCUCUUUUACGAUCUGGAUCCUGGCGGGCCAUGACAUCCACCGUACAGUCGACGCAGGCCGAUGUCUUGUCGCAGAUUUUCCAAGGACUGAAGAGUAAGAGUCAUGAAGUAUGACUGGAAUCUUCUGUCAACUUGCGUCGAUAUGUUGCCACUACUGUUGCCGAAAUGACACCUGAUGCUGCAGCCAAGCUAUGGGACGACAACAUCAAUCGAAGGCUUUUCGAUCUCAUGCAUAGCCAGAAUACAACGGAAAUUUUUGGUGGACUCUUAGCUAUAGGCGCGUCAUUAGCCAAUCUCGUACCUGCCACACCCCUAGGACAGAUAGCACAUAUUGGCAGUUCUGCUUUUGGAGGCCGGUUUAUGGAUUAUGAAGUUCCCGCUGCAAUCGAACUGAUGCAGCCGGAGAAACAGGAAUCACUUCGAUACGCUGGCGUCUUAAUUCUGAAGGAGCUCACUCGAAACAGCCCCGGAUAUUUCCAUUCUCACAUAAGCUUUGUGUUCGAAAACAUAAUUGUCGCUCUGCGAGAUCAGCGCGUUAUUGUCAGGGAGGGCACUGCCAAACUGCUGGCAGCUUGCUUAGAAAUUGUCAUACAGCGGGAGUGUCAAAGUCCGAACACCUAUCUGAACGGAAUUUUAACGGAGGCUCAGGCAGGAUUGAAGAUGCCACAACCAGAGAUCAUACAUGGCUCGCUACUUAUGUACAGCGAACUUCUUUUGCAUGCUGGGAUGGUGCACAGUCUCGUUCGCGGACAAGUUAUUGUGAUGAUACCAUCUCUAGCCGCCUAUGAUACGCAAACUUUCAAGGAUAAUUAUCUCCGCUAAAUAUGGGAAAAGCUACUAUUCCGUUACAGGAGUUGUAAUUUGUCAUAGUGAUAUCGUCGCCUCGCAAUGGCUGACAAGGCCUUUAUAUUUUGGCCGUCAUCCUUAUUUCAGAUCACGUUUUCACUGCGAGCCUUGUGGUGGGUUAUAUGGGUAUGGUAAUAUUUCUGGUGCAUUAUUAUACUUGUGUAAGCAUUCCUGUUCUAAUAUACUUUCUAAAUACAUGUUGCAAGCAGGA